GGCAACCCCGCAUCCUCUCCCCGCUCUCUCUCACACUGCACCAUGGGCAAACUCCCUGCAACGAGCGAGAACACCCUGACCGUCCGCGACAACCGCACUGGAAAGACGUACAGUAUCCCGAUUGUGGACAAUGCCGCCCCUGCGACUGCUUUCAAGAAGAUCACCGCGCCCAGAAAGGCCAACGAGCGGGAGGAGAACGAGACCGAGAGAGGACUGCGGAUAGAGGACAAGGGAUUCUUGAAUACCGCUGUCAUCCGUAGCCAGAUCACGUACAUUGAUGGAGAAGCUGGAGUUUUGCGUUACAGGGGAUAUCCCAUCGAGCAGCUUGCUUUGCAUUCCAACCACCUUGAAACUGCAUAUCUCCUCAUCUACGGCAAUCUUCCGACAAAGGAGCAGUUCGCAUUCUUCCAGAGCGAGGUCAUGCGGCAUGGCCCCACACAUGCAGAUUCUGAACAAUUCUUCCGUUCAUUCCGCUACGACGCGCACCCGAUGAGCAUGCUCACAAGCGCGUUUGCAAUGCUCGGCUCCUUCUAUGCUGAAGCGAACCCUUCACUUCAAGGACAGCGCCUAUACACUAGGGGAGAUAAGGAAUCGUUGGCGGUCAUGGACCGACAGAUCUACAGGCUGAUUGGAAAGGCGACUACUCUCGCUGCCAUGGCGUACCGUGUGCGACAAGGCCGCGAUUUCGUGAGUCCUCCUGCAGGGCUCAGCUACACCGGAUCCUUCCUAUACCAGAUGGACCACCUAGGCGAAGAGAACUACGUACCCAAUCCCGUGCUCGAAAAGGCCCUGGACGUCCUGUUCCUCAUACACGCAGAUCAUGAAUUGAACGCCUCGUGUACGACGGUGCUGCAGACAGCCAGUUCACUCGUGGACCCAUACUCUGCUAUUGCCGCGGGUUGUGCAUCGCUCUAUGGCCCAUUACAUGGUGGUGCGAACGAGGCCGUCAUUCGCAUGUUGAUAUCCAUUGGGAGCCCAGAGAAUGUGCCUGCGUUCAUUGAGGCCGUUAAGCGCCGUGAGAAGACGCUCUCAGGCUUCGGUCACCGAGUGUACAAGACGUCCGAUCCUCGCUCGUUCAUCGUCCGCAAGACAGCAGAUGAGGUCUUCAAAGUCACUGGCAAAGAUGAGCUACUCGUGACGGCUAUGGCGCUGCACGAUGCAGCAAUGAAAGAUGAAUACUUCAUUUCCAGGAAGCUCGCGCCUAACGUGGACUUCUGCAGCGGUUUGAUUUACCGUGCAAUGGGAUUCCCGAUGGACUUCUUCCCCGUUCUGUUCGUUGUACCACGCGUCGUCGGAUGGCUAGCCCAUUGGCGGCAAAUGAUGUUGCAGGACGGCGGCGUGAAGAUUUGGCGCCCUCGGCAGGUCUACGCAGGUCCAGGACAGCGGGACUUUGUGCCUGUCGACGAGCGUGUUGUCGUGAAGGGACCCGGUCAGACACCGUCGGUCGUCGAGCAUGGAGGGAUCACCAAGCGGACGAUGCUCGCGACCUUCACGGGCAAACGUAUGCCAUCACGGUUAUAGAAUGCUGCUGCCUCUGUAUGAGUUAUUGUACUUUAUCUCAGCUCGCGUCA